AUGCAGUCGCUACCAGAUGCACGAUCGCAAAGCUUCGAGGAGCUCUAUGGCCCCCCGGAGAACUUCCUGGAGAUCGAGUUGUCGCGUGCACAGGUUAGAAACCCAAUGACACAUGGUGUCGGCCGUGGCAUGUACACAACCUACGAAAUCGUAAUGCGAACCAACAUUCCCGCCUUCAAGCUCAAGUCGUCGACGGUGCGCCGCCGAUACAGCGAAUUCGAAGCUUUCCGCGAUAUUCUCGAGCGCGAGUCGGCGCGCGUUACAAUACCACCGCUGCCGGGCAAGGUCCUUACGAAUCGCUUCUCCGACGACGUGAUUGAACACCGACGGGAAGGGCUACAGCGAUUCCUACAGAUUGUAGUUGGCCAUCCGUUAUUGCAGACCGGCAGCAAGGUCUUGGCGGCGUUCGUCCAGGAUCCCAACUGGGACAGACAUGCGUGGUAG